AUGAUUGUAGGCAGUGAUAAGGAAAAGACAGAUGCGCUGAAAAAGUUGAUCUACAUGAUACAAAAUGGCGAAAAAGUUGGGCAAGGGAUGCUUAUGUAUGUCAUCAGAUUUCUCCUUCCCUCUAGCGAUCACACAUUGAAGAAGACCUUGCUGAUUUUUUGGGAAGUCGUGCCAAAGACUAAUGCUCAAGGAAAACUACUCCAAGAAAUGAUUCUUGUUUGCGACGCUUAUAGGAAAGACCUUCAACAUCCUAAUGAGUUUGUCCGAGGUUCGACCCUCAGAUUCUUAUGUAAGCUGAAAGAGCCUGAGUUGCUGGAGCCACUAAUGCCUUCGAUAAUUGGAUGUCUGGAGCACCGCCAUUCUUAUGUGCGUAGAAAUGCUGUCUGUGCCAUCUUCACCAUCUACCGCAAUUUCGAAUUCCUCAUUCCCGAUGCCCCUGAAUUGGUGUCGAAUUUUUUGGAAGGCGAGCAAGACGCUUCAUGUAAACGAAAUGCAUUCAUGAUGCUCUUGCACGUAGAUCAAGCUCGUGCCCUUGAUUACUUAUCCGGUUGUAUCGACCAAGUUGCACAGUUCGGCGACAUCUUGCAAUUGAUCAUUGUGGAACUUAUAUACAAGGUAAGUGAAAUUUGUACCUGGCUCAGGCUCAAAGGAGCAGAGCUUACCCUUCCUUUUUCAUCCACUUUUCUUUGUCUAGCCAAAUUUUACUCAGCUGUCUCUCUCUCGAUGUAA